GCCCACCAUGCUUGGAGCAGCUCUUCUCUGCCAUCCCUGUGCCACGCCUUGGAGCCAGCUGACUACGGACUGGAACCUCUACCAAGUGAAACUUCUGCCACCCAGAGCCCUGAGCCAAGACAAGAUUCCUGGUCACUCUCCUGGAUUGACAGGCAGCCAGCUGAGGCAGGUUGGCUUCGAGCCAGGAGAAACCACCAGGAAAUUCCCUGGAUAUUAUAAUGUGUGACAGCAGCAUCUAAUUAAUCAUCAACCCUGUGAUAUGAUCUCCACCCAUAAAAAAAGAGACCUGCUGAGGCUUCGGAAACCUGAGCCCUGGCCCUGCCAGACUGUUUCCCAUAGACCGAGAAUCUGUGCUCGAGGACCCUGGGCUGAUGGGUGCCCACCUCUGCUCAGAGGCUGCCCUGCCCAGAAUGGGUCCCACCCCAGUCAGCCUGGUCUGGCUGCCCCAGCAACGGGGAGGGGCCAGAGCUGUUGGCCCGGAAGAACGCAUGUCUGCUGGUCACCAAGGAUCACAGGAUGGGCAGGCGACUGGGGAGGCACUGCGCUUCCACGCAGCGGCCCGGGGAGCGCAGGUGCGCAUGGACGAGCAGGGGCGCACGGCACUCAGGGGCGCCUCGUUCCGCGACGGCAUCGUGUUCAGCCAGCGGCCCGUGAGGCCCGGAGAGCGGGUGGCCUUGCGUGUGCUGCGCCACGAGCCCGGCUGGUACGGCGGCCUCCGCGUGGGCUUCACACGCCUGGACCCUGCGCGCAUGGCGGCGCCCGGCCUGCCGCCCUUCGUGUGCCCAGACCUGGAGGAGCAGAGCCCGACAUGGGCGGCUGUGUUGCCGGAGAGCAGUGUGCGCGCUGGCAACGUGGUCUGCUUCUGGGUGAACCACCGAGGCUGGCUCUUUGCCAAGGUCAACGCCGCACGCCCGCUGCUGCUGCGCAAGGACGUGCUGCUGGGCUCCCCACUCUGGGCCGUGAUGGACGUGUACGGGACCACCAAGGCCAUCGAAUUGCUAGACUCAGGAGCCAGCCCGUGUGUCACAGCCACCCUGGGGGUCCCUGGACAGAAAGCGGAGCCCGAGCCCAAAGCCCUACCAGGGGAAGAGUGCAUCAUCUGCUUCCACUGUGCCGCUGACACCCGCUUCGUCCCCUGCGGUCACCCACACUUCUGUAGCUCCUGCGCCUGGCGCAUCUUCGAAGACACUGCGAAGUGCCCCAUGUGUCGUUGGCAGAUUGAGGGCGUGGCAGCAGUGCAGCCACCGAGGACUGGAGAAGGCUCCUAGGAGAGAGAAGGCUUCCUGUUGGUGGCAGAUGGGCCUGGCCCUAAGGACAAAGUGCAGAGGAGGUUUGGCCCCACUCGCCUCCUGGAUGGUCAGAAAGCCAGUUAGCAGCCAGGGGGGGACAGGGAUGACAGUGACCAAGGGAAGCCUCUUUCUGCCUACACCUGAUGGCCCCUAACUGGGUGCCAGCUUCCAACCCAGGGUGGCUGGGUCCCUCAUGACAUGGUUAAGGAAGUGACAAGUCUCCCUGCAGCCCCAGAGCUGAGGACAGAGGAGGGAGGUCGGUAGGUGGACCUCUACAAGGCCACGUAGGGCCGGGGAUUUAACUCAGUGGUUCCACCACUUGCUUCGCAAGGCCAAAGUCCCAAGUUCAAUCUCUGGUACCAAAAAAAAAAAAAAGAGUAAGAGAAAGUAAAAUACUCUGGGCUGGGGAUUUAGCUCAGUGGUUCUGCCAAGGACCUGAGUUUGAUUCCCGGUACAAAAAAAAAAGGGGGCCAUCGUAAAGUGACCUAUGGCUACAACCCAGGGUGGGGUGGGGUCCCAGGUGACAUUGCGCGUCUGAAGAUAAUUCAACAGGCAAACACACACUGUUGCACUGAUUUCUGAGAUAUCAAAAUAAAGUUUGGCUUCUGUGA